CCCGAUUGACACGUUGUAUAUAUCGUUUCAGAUAUAAAACAGCGGUCAAUCUGCGGGCCCAGCGCCACAGAGCGCAGGCGGCAUAACCUCGUGAUACUUUUCAACAACACCUCCGUCAUACCGUUCAGAAGCGGCAGUCAGUAUGGCUGCUUCUACUGCGGGGACAAAUACCCGGAUUACAAGGAAUUCGUUAAACACACUAAAUCCCACGGCAUUUGCAAUGUUAAACACAAGUCUUUGAUAAACCAAAAGUUUGGUACGGUUGAAGUUAAGUUAGACAUUUCCAACGUCACCUGUGAACUAUGCGAUGAACCAUUUAAUAACUUAGAUGAUAUAAUAUCUCAUUUAAACGCUAAACACGGUUUGCGUUAUGAUAGGGAAGUGCCAAUGUCUUUAUCCGCCUAUAGACUAGUAGAUCUCAAAUGCACUGAAUGCGGUAAGAUGUUUGAAUAUUUCCGUAAUUUAGUUAUGCAUGUGAGAAAGAAUCAUAUGGAGAAACUGCUGCCUUGCGAGCAAUGCGAUAAAAGCUUUAACAAGAAGUCAGAGUUGAUGGCUCAUUGUAGAAUAUACCACAGGCGUGCGGGCUACCAGUGCGUAAAAUGCGAACGAUGCUUCCGAACCUCCAGCUUACUCCGACUCCAUCUCAUCAACACCCACGGCUCCUCUGAACGGAAAUGCACUAGGAUCCUUUCCAGUUUGCGAGCAAGAAACUCAAUAAUAUCUGAAGACGCCUUAACACCAUUCGAAGAUUUAGAAGACUGCGAAAUUGAAACGCAAAGGAAAAGACUGCGCGAAAGGAACGCUAUAGCUAAAAAGAAUAGAGAGAAUAUCGCUUGCAUUUUAAACAUGACUACGGCGAUACCUUUCAAGUACUAUCAGAAUAGAUUCACUUGUUUUCAUUGCUCGAAAGACUUCAAUGAGCAUGAAGACAUGCGAACACACACUCUUAUGGAGCAUCCGUUUUACGAUUUAGAGAGAAAAUGUCCGAAAUCGCUCAAAGGCGUCAACUUGUGUAUAAAACUCGAUAUAUCAUCUCUAUCUUGUAGGAUUUGCUUUGAGCCGUUUACAGAUUUUGAUUUGUUAGUCGAUCAUUUAAUCAUGAAUCAUAAAGCGAAUUAUGAUAAAAAUGUAACAGGGAUUAUGCAGCUUUUUAGACUUGAGAAGUACAAUAUGGGGUGCCCUCUCUGUCCUCAAUCAUUCUCUUAUUUCAACAUCCUCCUUAAGCAUAUGAAUCAAGAACAUUCAGCCAAAACGCAUCUUUGUUCGAACUGCGGAGCGGUGUUCGCUAGCGAAGCUAUUCUCACCAUGCAUAUAGCUAGAAUACACGGCCCUAAAGUCUUCAAAUGUUCGGACUGCAACAUAGAAUUAAACUCAGCCUUAAAGUUGAAGAGCCACAGAGCAAAAACUCACGGGGUCCGUGAGGUCCCCUGCCAAAAGUGCUCCGAAAAAUUCCCCUCCGAAUACGAGCGACAAAAACACCUGAUUCAAGCUCACGAUAUUGGCCAUAAAUGCACGUAUUGUGGUAAAAUGUUUGUUAAAAACUCCUUUAUGAGAAACCACAUACGACGAACUCAUAUGGAGGAGAAAAAUGUACAAUGUACUGUUUGUAAUCAUAAGUUUUUCGACAAUAUUCUGCUGAAGAUUCAUAUGGUAAAACAUAUCGGAGAAAGAGAUUUUCAUUGCGAUGUUUGUGGCAAGAGUUUUUAUUGGAAGAAAAACUUGCGGGUGCACAUGGCGUCUCAUAAUAAACAAGCGAAAAUUAUAAACUUAUAGUAUUAACGUUGAU